AUGGGAAAUGGGAAGCCUCUGGGCCAAAUCUCAACUGGAAGUCAAAAGGUCGGAGCUGGUUCCCUACUGGGUGCUUCUGUGCUUCUAGUCUUCGCUCUCGAGUCAGGCGGUACACGUUACGCUUGGGAUAGCUCGGCCUUAUCAUCUACCUUCAUCUUUUCAGGCAUUCUAUGGAUUGUUUUCAUAGUCUGGGAGAUUCGCCUAGAGUGGAAGAAGAAUCUACGUCAGGAACCCAUCUUCAUAAUGGGUCUUCUGAAGGAUCGCCAAUUGGCCACCUACACGACUUUCUUCAUCGGCUUCCCCUUCGUCACCAUUCUCUUCAUCAUUCCACAAAGGGCCCAAGCCGUCUAUGGCGUUAACCCAGUACAGUCAAGUUUAUCUGUCCUUCCACUGUUGCUCACCUCGCCAUUUGCCACAGCAAUCUCUGGGGUGUUGACAUCAAACUACAACGUACCCCCCGCAUACCUCAUCCUCAUUGGGUAUGCCAUCCAGCUUAUCGGAGUCGGUCUUUCAAUCAGUAUUCCGCUCACUGGCGACCACAUUUCUGCCUCGCAGUAUGGCUUCGAGACCGUCAUGGGAGUUGGCUUCGGCUUGACACUCAGCACAGUCCUGACUCUAGGGCAGCUUAUUGUCAGCAAAGAGAACGCUGGAAUAGUGAUGGGAGCUCUGACUCAGAUUCGAGUUCUAGGCGGGACCAUUGCACUAGCAAUCUGCAAGUUUGCUGACCUGACCCAAAACUCUGCAGUGCUUUCAACCGACUUGAGGGAGGGGCUUGCAGGACUUAUCAAACCUGACGAGCUCGGUCAAAUCGCCGAAUCCAUGUCAUCGAUCAACGAUUUGGACCCGGAGCGAGCCGCUGCAGUGCGACUCGCGUUUGCGACCGGGUACAAGCGACAAUUCCAGAUACUCACGGGCUUCAGUGGAUUAGCUCUGUUAGCAGCACUGUUUUUGUGUAGUCGCAACCCAGUCACCGUCAAAGGCGCGACCUCCAAAGGAACCUAA